AUGAUUCUGAGACUGACUGUCGCUGUCUGCGUCUUUUUUACGUAAGUUGUUUCGUUGACAACUGAAAAUGGCGGCGAACUCGAAAGGAAGGAAAACUUCCCAAACAUCUUUAUUGACUUACCUGAGCCAGUCCGUAGAUGACACAACUCGGAACUCUGUCCGGGGUACUGGAGCAUCCCCUCGUAGUCGUGGUGUACCGAGAAGCGUCUCCCAGCAACACAGCUCAUUUGUGGAAGGGUCUAUAGUAAGAAUCAGAAUGGAAAACUUUCUUACAUAUGACUCUUGUGAAGUGACUCCUGGGUCUCACUUAAAUAUGAUUGUGGGAGCAAAUGGAACAGGAAAAUCCAGCAUUGUCUGUGCUAUCUGCUUGGGUUUAGCAGGAAAGACUUCUUUUACUGGUCGUGCAGACAAGGUUGGACUGUAUGUAAAACAUGGAUGUGCAAAAGGUUCAGUUGAAAUUGAGCUUUUCAGAUCUAUUGGCAACCUGAGAAUACGACGAGAGAUCCAUGUAGCCAACAAUCAGUCUUCAUGGCAGAUUAAUGGAGAGAAUACUACACAGAAAAUGGUGGAAGAACACAUUGCUAAUUUAAAUAUCCAAGUAGGAAAUAUGUGCCAGUUUCUUCCACAGGAAAAAGUUGGAGAAUUUGCAAAAAUGUCAAAGACAGAGCUACUAGAAGCAACUGAAAAAUCCAUUGGUCCUCCAGAGAUGUUCAAGCACCACUGUGAAUUAAAAAAUUUUCGUGAAAAGGAAAAAGAGCUAGAGUCUGCAUGUCCUCCCUCACAAAAAUGGUUAGAAGAAGCAAAUAAACGAGCUAUAAGAGAAAAACAACUGAUGGAACCACAUUUUCAACAGGUGAAAAAAUAUGAUUCAAUAGACCUGCUCAGCUUGAAGAUGCCAUGGGUAGAAUACGAAAAUGUUCGUUGUGAAUAUGAAGUGGUAAAGCAGCAACGUGACAGACUUAAAGAUGAGCUGAAGCGUUUAAAAGAACAACAUGCUCCAAUGCUGAGGCAAGCACAGGUUAUGGAAAAGCAGUUUAAAGAGCUGGAUAUGAAAAUUCGAAACAAGGGUACAGAAAUUAAAGAAACUGCUCAACGCUGCAAGCAGAAGCAGGAAGUGCUCGAAAGAAAGGAUACACAGAUUGAGGAAAUUAACCAUGCCCUGAGAAUGAAGAGGGACGAAGAACAAGACCGUCAGAAAAGGAUAAGCAAUACACGGAGGAUGAUUGAAGCCUGGCAGACUGAACUCAACACAAUUGGUGACUUUGACCACUUGCAGCCAGAGAUUGAUUCAAUCAGCUUGGAGCUGAGGCGCAUCCAGGAAGAACGGAGCAACAUAGAGAGUGAAAGAAGUGAUAUUCGAAGAGAAAAAGAAAACCAAGAGAGGGAGAAAAAAAGAUUGGCCAAUCACCUUAAACAACUUGCCGACAUGAUGAAUCUUAAAGAAGGAAAGCUUAGAGAGCGAUUCAGAGAUACUUACAAUGCUGUUAUGUGGUUGAGAGAAAAUAAAGACAGGUUUCAGAAAAACGUCUAUGAACCCAUAUUGCUUGUGAUAAACAUGAAGGAACAGAAGUUUGCCAAGUACAUUGAAAACCAUAUUCCGAUGAAUGAUUUGAAAGCAUUUGUGUUUGAAAAUGGAACUGAUAUGGAAGUAUUUCUAAGUGAAGUCCGUGAUAACCAAAAGUUGAAGGUUAAUGCUGUUUGCGCACCUAACCACUCAUAUGCUGGAAUGGCUCCAAGUAGAUCAUUAGAACAGCUGAAAAAAUAUGGGUUUAUCUCUUACCUGCGAGAGCUAUUUGAUGCACCAGAAGCUGUAAUGAGUUAUUUGUGCCAUCAGCAUAAGGUCCAUGAUGUUCCUGUUGGGACUGCUAAGACAAGAGCAAUGAUUGACCAGGUGAUUAAGGAAAGUAAUCUGCGUCAUCUGUAUACAGCAGAAGAACGAUACAUUAUUAAAGUGUCAGCUUAUACGAAUAAAAUGGUAUCCAGUAAUGCGGCACUGCGGGAAUCCCAGUUUCUCACAUUUACUGUAGACGCUGAUGAAAGAAGACAGCUUGAAGAGCAGUUACAGGAAGUUCAUUUGAAACUGCAGAAACUAGAUAGCCAGAUGGCCGAAUUAUCAGAGAAGCAAAGACGUUUGGAACAGAAGGAUAACCAGUUAAGACAAAGGAAGAAAGAACUUUUGGAUCUGAAGGGAAAAAAGAGAUCCCUUGAACAGAAAAUAAGCACCAAGCAAGAUAGUUUGAAACAGAUGGAGCAAGAUGCCAUCAAUCUGCAAGAUGAGGAGCAAAAUGCAAAUGCCAAGAUUAGAGACGUUAAUAUUCAAAAAGCUAAACUUGUCUGUGACCUGAAACAGUUAAUCCGGGCUUGUAUGGUAUUAAACAUGGAGAAAGGACAGUUGGUUCUUGAGAAUAUGACUGUUACUUCUGAAAAAAACAGGUUGGAAUCGGAGUGUAAAAAUGCAGCAUCAAAUCAGAGAAGCUUAGAGCUGCAGUUUGCUCAACUAGAUGAGAAGAAAAGCAGAUUGCUUGAGAACUGCAAGAGUUUAAUGAAAAAAGCUAGCGAGGCAUGUGACAUGAGGCCAGGCGAAGGGCUUCCUCUUGAAUUUCAAACAGCUUUUGGAGCCAUUCCUGACACACUGGAUGAAAUUGAUGCUUUACUUAAUGAGGAGCGGUCACGAGCUUCCUGCAUCACAGGUUUAAAUGCCUCGGUUGUGGAGGACUUCAAGAAAAAGACAGAAGAAAUAGAACGCUAUACAGAAGAGUUAACUCGAAAGAAAACUGAACUGGACAAUUACCAAAGCAAUAUUUCCAAGGUAAAAGAAGCCUGGCUGACUCCUCUAAAACAGUUGGUAGAGCAAAUUAAUGAAAAGUUCAGUGAGUUUUUUCGUUCUAUGCAAUGUGCAGGUGAAGUAGAUCUGCACACAGAAAAUGAGGAAGAGUAUGACAAGUAUGGAAUCCGAAUUAGAGUGAAGUUUCGUAGUAGCACACAGCUUCAUGAGCUGACCCCACAUCAUCAGAGUGGUGGUGAACGCAGUGUUUCCACAAUGUUGUACUUGAUGGCCUUGCAGGAGUUUAGCAGAUCUCCAUUUCGAGUGGUUGAUGAGAUAAAUCAGGGCAUGGACCCAACCAACGAGAGGAGGGUGUUUGAAUUGGUAGUAAAGACUGCUUGCAAGGAAAAUACACCACAGUAUUUCUUCAUUACACCCAAGUUACUUCAGCUGUUGACCUAUGCAGACAAUAUGACUGUGUUAUUUGUACACAAUGGACCAGAAAUGCUCACUUCAUCCAAGUGGAACCAGAAAGCUUUCUUAAGACGAAGAAAGCGAGUCCAGCAAGAUGCAACAGUAGACCAGUAGAGGAAUCACAGAUGCAAAAAGAGUUAUUACAGCUGUAUAAUUUCCAUGAAAAGACUUUGUAUUCUUACAAAGACAGGAAACAGAACUGUUGAAUUUGUUCAGCUUAUCCUGAACUUUUGCAGAAAACCUGUCAACGAAUUCCAUAAAUUGAUUACCUUUACUGUUAUAUUUUUAUAGUGAAACGCUGCCACUUUUUUCUGCACAGUUACUACUUCAAAUGAUGCCCUUGCAGUUUAUUAUUGGAAACUGAAUAGGAUAAUGCCUAGUGAUGCUCAUUUGCCAUUAGUUUCUGUGUGUUAGUUUUGUUCUGGUCACUAAACAUUAAUCUAAGCAUUUACUUAAUCGGCCUACUUUCUGUGUGAAACUGUUUGAAAAUGUUGAGUAAACGUAACUGUAUUUAUUAGUGGUAAUGUGACUUUUGUUCAUUCUUUAGGCAAAAGUGUAAAAGUAGAUGCUGAGCAUCACGGCUCCUAAUAACAUCUCCACAUUCAGGGUUUACAUCAACAGCAGUUGCUGAUGCCAGUCUUAUUGAUAAUCAGAAAUAUAGUGUACCAACAAAUGUACUUGAGGCUUCUGUCUUCUCUGAAUUUCAGUCUCUCUUGGAUAGAUGUAUUGAGGCAUCUUUACCCAUCUGAUAUAAGAAGAAUGCCGAGCUUAAAACUAAACGUAUGUAACUGAAUUUCCACAUUAAAAACAGCAAGUUGCUAGAGUUCUGAAA